GCCCUCUGCUCCUUGUUCUGUGUUUAAGUGUAAUAAAGUUGUAGCAUCUUCCAAAAGUGUCCACUAUUAACACACGCAUAAGUUGCCGCUGAGUCUCAUAUACCCAGGAGUUAGUUCCUGUGUAGGUCCUCGACGAAAAAAAUGGCGACGAAGACUAACGAAUCGGGGAAUAAGUUGUCUGAUUAUGAGCUUGGCGAGGUGCUUGGACGCGGAAAGCACUGCACGGUUCAUGCGGCAAAAACGCGCGAGGGUUACGACCACUAAGUGAUUUUCACUUCAGAAAAAAAACCGAUUUAGAUCAUAUUUAAGACUAGUACGUAAUAGAAAGAAAGUAGAAGCAGAUGACGUUGCGAGGCCAACAGUAGGCAAUCAUGCUUGAUAGCAGGUAAAAGGAAUGAUGCUAAUUUUUCUUCGACACAGCCCAUUCGCUCUAAAUCUAGGUCUUCCUCCUCUGAGGAGAGAGCUUUGAACAAGCUGAAGCUAGUCACAAUUUUUCUAAGAAGAGUCGUCUCAUCUUGAGUUCUAAGGCCAAUGAGACUAUUUAUUACAGAGUGCUAUCCUUUUCUAACAACUCGAGGAUCGUGCUUUGAAGCUAAUUCCAAAGAACAAGCUACCACCGGAAAAGGCCGAGCGCGUGACUACUGAGAUCGUAGUCCAUUCUCAGCUUCGGCACAAGGGAAUUUUGGACAUACACCAUGCGUUCGAGGACACGGACUAUCUGGCCAUGGUCCUGCAGAAGGGCGAACCUGUUCUGCAGACGGGAAAGAAAUUUACUUUACGGCAACUGAUUAUAUAUUAUACUUUACUGUAACUGAGAAGAGGGAAAUUAUAGUUGAUUGAGGAUCUUUGUCUUGUUCUGGUUCUUUCUAGUCAAGUGGCCCACCACAAUUUAUGGGCUUAAGACACAGAGAGAUACAGUCUAUGAUGACUCAUGCAGUUGGCUGAUGAUGAUGAUGAUGAUGAUAGAUACUAACGAGAAGUAUGGGCGUGAGCUUGUAAUUCUUGUAUUGUCGUAUAUGUGACUAAUGAAAAGUGUGAGGAGAAAACUCAUUCGAGCGUUGCUUUGUUGCUACGACGAAGAAUUCUUGCCCCUCUCUAAUGGCAGAAGCAAAGCUCCGCCUCCUGUUGGCAGAAGUGCUGAAGGCAUUGUUAUGGCCCUACAUCAUCUUCAAAUGAGCAAAUCUCCUCACAAAGAAGAAGCUAGCAAUACUAUUCGUCACAGGCAGUUUACUCAGUUUACUGACUGUUGUUCUUGAAAAACAGAAAACUCAAAUCCUGCUACUGAUUACAGACAAUUUGAAUACUAAAUGUGAGCUGAGCAAGAGCUGAAUUCUCAUUGAAAUUUGAAAUGUGACCCGAGCAAGAACUGAAUCCUCCACGGAAUGAGUUUACUCUCUAAUUUUAGAGUAUUUGCAUGCGUUGAGGUAUGUGCAUGGCAGCGUGGCAAUCGAAAACUUGAUAAUGGUGGAGAAUGCGGCCAAAUUAGCGUUAAGAAAAUGUUUGUUGAGUCUUGUGGUGCUUUUUUAUAGCAUAGAGUAGAUUGAGGUUGACGCACUUAACGCUAACAGAGAGGCAGUUAAGGCACUUUUUAAGGGAGAGACAGUUGAGGCACUUAAGGGAGAGACAGUUGAGGCACCUAAGGGGAGGCGAGUUUGAGGCACUUAGGGGAGAGACAGUUGAGGCACUUAAGGGGAGGCGAGUUUGAGGCACUUUUUAAGGGAGAGACAGUUGAGGCACUUAAGGGGAGGCGAGUUUGAGGCACUUAGCGGAGAGGCAGUUGAGGCACUUAAGGGCAGGCGAGUUUGAGGCACUUAGCUGAGAGGCAGUUAAGGCACUUAAGGGGAGGCGAGUUUGAGGCACUUAGCGGAGAGGCAGUUAAGGCACUUAAGGGGAGGCGAGUUUGAGGUACGUAAGGGGGGGGCGAGUUUGAGGCACUUAGCGGAGAGGCAGUUACGGCACUUAAGGGAAGGCGAGUUUGAGGCACUUAAGGGGAGACGAGUUUGAGGCACUUAAGGGGAGGCGGGUUUGAGGCGCUUAAGGGGCGCGGGCUUGAGGCACUUAACGGAGAAACAGCUGAGGCACUUAACGGAGAAACAGCUGAGGCACUUGACGGAGGAACAGCUGAGGCACUCAGCAGAGAUGUAGCUGAGGCACUUAAGGUGCAGGCUUUUGAGGCACUCAAGGGGCCGGCCUUCGAGGCACUUAUGGGAAGGCUGUUUGAAACACUUAAAAGAGAGGACUUCGCAGCACUUAACGGAGCGCAAUUUGAAACACUUAACGGAGCGCAAUUUGAAACACUUAAGUUUUUAGGGAGAGGAAUUUGCAGUACUUAAGGGAGAGGAAUUUGUGGCACUUAAGGGAGAGGAAUUUGUGGCACUUAAGGGAGAGGAAUUUGUGGCACUUAAGAGAGGGGGGAAUACAGCACUGAAAAGAAGGCGCUUUGCAGCACUUAACUAACAACAUUGUGAAACACUUAAGGAAAAGGAAUUUGAAACACUUAACAGACGGGAGUGUCCUACACUUAAGCAGCGGCUAUUUGAAACACUUAACGAGCGGGAAUUUGCAGCACUCACGAACGGGAAUCAGCAACGGGUACCAGAGCGGGUUUCGCAGCGGAUGAUGGGGCGUUCGAGAGAUGAAUAGCAGAGCGGCAUCUUAUUUUCCUCUAAAAAGCGACUUUUCCAGCGUGGCUCGAUUCCAAGACCCGCGUGAUGCAGCACAAGGCGCGCUAGCUGCUGCACAAGUAAACACGUUCUCCAUUGAUAGAUUGAUCUCAGGAGUGUAGCUACGUAUCUUCGUUUUUCCUUGAUCCACCAUCUCCACCCUCUGUUGCAUAAGAAAGCUUUACAAUGACUUACCUCAGCAUCGACAUUUCGCAAUUUCUCAUGUCCACCAACUACAGCAUCCGAGUCGCGAUCUUUAUCAAUUGGGCAGUUGUGGAGCUUCUUUGUUAAUCGAAAACGCGGAUCCAGUAGUAAACCGAAAUGAAUUUCCGAGUUUUAUGAUUACACAGUGGUAGUUUUAGUUUUUCAGCAUCGAAGUGGCAUGUAGCAGGGUAGGACAAGAACAAAACCGCCACUCAGGAUGACGAGAAUCAAACUCAGUUCAGCCACCUCUAAGAAUGACAUUUCUCGACGAUGCAUCUCUUGUCUGGAACUGCUGCAGAGACCUGACACCACGGCAACUGAUGCUUUGGCGCAUCCGUUUUUCUUGACUAUCGCAAGUAUUCCUAGAAUCUCCUAUGAUCCACGGAAUGAGGAAAUACCAGCGGAGGCAAUUGGGGAACAGCAGCGUCUUUAUGACCGAUGAUAGCGCGCGUUAUUGCUGCUAUUGAAUGAUCUUCAGUGGGAGAUGAGCAGUCCAGAAUUUAGUGUUGCAGACAGACUCCUCUCAGCAACAUACCCCGAAAUAAUAAACAGUAACAGCUUUUACUUUGUCUUUGACCGUCAAUGGAUAUUGCAGACGCAUGACUACGAAAAAUCUUUCUGCUCUAAAGCCUUGCGCAGAUCGUCGUGGAUGCUCAAAAGAAGAGCAAUAGUGCACCAGGCGGUCGAAAACGCGGAACCAUUUUCCAAAAACAACAAGUACAAGAACUACUUGCGCCUCCAGAGUUGAGUGGAGUACUAUCCUCAGGUGAUAAUGCAAAUUCACCUGUACGGCCUUCAAGAGCAGACAAUAUCGCUUCGAGAGCACAUCAGUAUGGUAGUGUGGAUUUGCCUUCGGUGCUACAGAUGAGUUAAGGGGCAAGGACGUAAAAUGAUUGACAAAAUAUUAAGGCUUGGAAGUGGCAAGAAGAUGAUGGGGAAAAUUCAAAGACACAUCUCUAAGAAGAACGGCGUACAAUAUCACAGAAGAAGAUGACGGGGAAAAUUCGUCCAAUAUCACAUCUCUAAGGAGAACGACGUACCGGGCCAGGCAGCGACUGUGGUGGAGCCACAGUCGUACGGAGUAGUACAACUGCACGCAUUCUGCGAUCAAUGCAACAGUAUAAUCCGAAUAAGUACACGGAUGCGGGGAAUGAGAAGGUUAUGGUGAGACAGUGGGAGCUUUGUAGCCAGUAUUUUCUCAGUAAUGUUGUAGUACCCUCGCUAGGUUGUACAGCGAGUGAUUGUUUAAUGAAUUACAGAGCUGAUCCUACUUCUGCUGCAGGUAUUUGGAUUUGUGUGCAAUCUUCACGUGUUGUCCUACAUACAUCUAAAUCAGCGAAGAAAAACCCUGACGCAGAGCAUAGACAGAGCGCAGAACGAAGCAAACACCUGGCGACAUCGUUCUCGCAUGUCCAUAGAAGUAACAGACCUCGCUCACCGGAGACUACAAGUUCAGUCCUUAUGGGUUCUUCGGGAUCGAUGCAGCUUAGUAGCGCAGCACAGACCACAGACCAGGACCAGCAUCGUGACACUAUCGAAGACCACCGCCACCACUUCACAGACGCCGUAUCUGAAGCCAGUCAAAGUUCAUCAUCGGUUCAUUUGUGUGAUGUUCUCGACAGUUUGCAGCCUUCGGACGGUGGGGAUCAAGAUGACGUGGGGCCACUUCUAGAAGAAAAAUUUAGAAAUGCCGACGAGUGGGGCCUGAUGAUCCGGCGGGAAAGCUCAGGCACUUCGGACGCAAGACUAGUUUCACACGUUUUUUCAGCAACUUCUGUGGAUUUGCGACAAGGGUUAUUGCUGCCAUCAUCUGGUAGCGAGCGCACUGCUGUUGGAGGUGGAAGCCAAAGCAGUACUUUCGGUGUCAAUUAUCCGAAGAUGAAUCCUGUAGUAAACGCGAGUUUUGUGGACGAUCAAGCGUUAUUCUUGGCAAACAAGUCGGACAUUGCAGAUUUCUCUCAGAUACUAAAAUCGCGCGAGGAGGUUGCGGAAGGGGAUCACAGGGACAGAAGAAGGGGAAAGGACACCGAUUUUCGACAAGACGAUCAUCAGGUGAACAAGGAACAUCGGGCGCCUGCCUAUAUUAAGGGUAGGCUAAAGGUGCUUUUGUUACCGUUUGUUAUGGCUCUCCUAAGGGGGACAGCCAUAACAAGCGGGAGAAUCCACGAACACCAAAAGCCUACCUCUAACUAUAGUUCAAGUUCAUCAAUGCCAGGAGGAGCAAAUGGAAAUGCUAUGUUGAUGCCAGAACAAACGAGAACGAGUGCUUUUCCAGAUGCGAUGAGCCCAGUGACUAACCGAAACGAAGCUGUAAUACCUAAUGGGAACAACGAAGCUGCGACAUUUUUUACACGGGGAGGGCUCAAUGAAAGUGGUUUUUUAACAUCAAAUCAAGGAGGAGACAUUAGUUUGGCCGCUUAUCUGCCAUCUUCGAACACCAAUUCUCUGGCAGGACCACCAGUUGGUGUAGGUGUAGGGCGAGAUCAUGACUCAUCUGCUGGACCUGGAGGACCUAAUCAAAAUUCAGUGUUAGAUGCUUUAUCGAAAGAUCUCGUAGGCCGUUCUUCGAAGCGCGAAGGUGGUCAUCGCAGAUUUUUCGACCAAGAUGCUGAGAUGCAAGAAGAGAACUCACCCAACUACACUGUUGAGGGCAAGAAUCAUCCAAGUUCUUCAUCAGCAAGCUCUGCCUUUGAACACGUAGGAAACGACGUAGUUGUGCGAGAUGAAGCUGGCGGCGGUCUUGGUAAAGCUACAACAUCAAGGAGGUCUCAGGUGCCUGCUGGUAAAACAUCUCCAGACGGUACCAGUCACGUAAGAACAUCUUCUAGUGAUCCAACUGGCACACUGCCGAAUUCGGUACUAGUGGAUACACGCCGCGUUAAGAAGCCUUAUGCACACGACUGGGACACUCAAGGACGUAGACACUGUUUUCGGAUUUUUGAAACUGGUGAAGUGAAAAUCUCUACGACUUCGCACUCCUUCUACAUCAGUCCAGGUGGGGUGCGGUGUCGUCUAGAGACAAUGAGCGUAGGGGAGAAGAAAAGGGGUGGCGCUGAUGGAAGGUAGUCUAAUUCUGCUCAUGUGAGAGCUUCAUGCUCUAUCUUUCUGUGCUCUCCAUACCCUAACCUCUUUGUAGAGUUUUCGCAUAGGUGUACUUUCUUUGCUCUUGAUAUCAUCAACCAAUUAUGAUUUAUCUGUGUCGGCAUUUAUCCACUUCACAAAUCACAACCACCAUCCAGUGAAGCAACACCUGAAAAGGAUACCAGUGAAGCAACACCGCCACCAUCGAGAGCAACGUCUAUUCGCCAGUUUGAGUCCAAAGCGCUUCCUGUAGCAUUAAAAAAGUGGUACGUGUUGGCCUUCAACGUAGUAAACUCUCUUCGAGCGGAAACGCCGAAGGUCGUGCUCCACUAUGACGGCUUCCGAUGCGAGCUCAGGGACAAUGUCCCUAUUCCAGAUUUCGUUAUUUUUUUCAACGCCUUAGCCUUCGAAGGUACAGCUGUGCGACGCUGUCGGGUAAAAGAUGGCUGCUUGGUGGUAUUGGAAACUGGGCUAGAGGUGGAAGGUGCGUCUGCAGGAGGAGGAUUUGGACAGAUGGAGGUGGAGGGCCUUGAAGACGAGAGGCACGACGCGAGGAAACAAAUUAUGAAAAAGAAUGUUCGAAUGGAUACAUAGCUGGUUGGUUGGGAAGAAUAAUGUUUCAAUGCCUUUAAGUGCAAGUAGAACACGACUUUAACUUCUGGCUCAUCUUCAAUAUUACAUUUCUUCUUUUAUCCUUUUUUCUAAUACCCCAACGCAAGGACGAGGCACCUCUUUCGAGCUGCCUUUGGAUCUGGUGCUCGCAGAUGACGGCCAAACCAAACAGGACGAACUAGAUCGUCUGUUGCUGCCGUAUCAGUGGGAACUGUUAUGUUUGUGUUUUUUUUGAAUUCCAUUUGGUUUUUGCGCGAUCAUCAUGCACAGCAUGUGAGUAUCCUUUUCAAUACUUCCGCCGACAGCCCGCGCUUCUAACAGGCGGCGAUGUCCGGCGUGUACUCUCGGCUUUGCGAAAGGGCCUGUUUGCCGCACUGGAGGAAGAGCGGGACGCAGUGGCGAGAGCGCGUGGUCUACUGGUCGACUUGCGGAGCAGUUGUGAAUCUCCGAAAAUAUUAAGAGAUGCGCUUCGAAACACUCCAGGAAGAACGAAGACGGAGACAAAAAUAUUGAGUGAGGUGUACGACUUCGAUGCGGCUUACGCAGCAUACAAAUUGCGGUUGGACAAUCUGUUUCCAGUAGUGAAAAGGAUGACCGAAACAGCAUGAAGGAGCCAACAUGAUGAGGGAGCAGGUGCUAAGUCAGAUUGAGUGCUAGUAUCAUUGGUUGCUUCCGGUAAGGUGUAGGUACAGACAGAUAUUUACUUGAGGCAUUUCGAUACAAGCAGUUUAUUUUCCGUUGCCUUUAUAGUUACACAGAAUAAACUGUUUUCGAGGUAUAGGUGCGGACACUUGAUGUAAGGCUUUUUGAGGUAUAGGCACAGACAGUUUUUCCGAGGUAUAGGCACAAACAAUGAAAUUUCUGAGGUAAAGGCACAGAUAGUUUUUGCGUUGGAUUUCUUUGGUGACAGUGAGACGCCGUUGAAUAAGUCAACAUGCUGCCACUUUCGACUUCCAGACUGCGAUUAUGAGGCGAAAAGAACGCCUAUGAAGCAAGUGGUUGACCACUA